UAUUCGGAAAUUUUUAACACUCUAAACUUAACAAAAGGAAUGUUUUUAUUAUUACGUUUAUUCAACAGUAUAUUUUUUUUAAUAAUAAAUAUAGCAAUUGCACUUUAUACAUUUCACCGCUUUUUUCGAGCGAUGAGAUUUCAUUAUCAAUUAAUCGAUGAAGUUGAAGAAUUUAGUUAUCUCGUUGAUCAAUCCCGCGCAAGUUUAGAAUACAUUGGUAAUAACAUAACCGAAGCCAUAAAAGAAAUGCAGUCAGACAUAGGAAAGGAAAUUUAUGUCACUCAUAAUUUGACAAUAUUAAUUACAAAAAUUAAUGCAACGUCAAAACGGUUUAAUGAUUUAGAAGAAGAAAUUAUUGAGUUUGCCCGUCUGAACGAGAACUUGGAUAACGCGGUUGUGGAGACGCCAUUGAACAUCAACGAGGAGGUACGCAGGAUCCUCAGACGCAAGUACCUCGUAAAUGAACAAGACCAGCAGCAAUUGACGCAGGAGUGUCCACGUAGUCCACGGAAGCCGCUUAAAGUGCAGUCCGGUCUCGGCCUCAUGGAGAGCGUUCAAUCUCAACCAAAUCCCAUCCAGAAAUUGCCCUCUUACCAUCAAACGCGACCAUAUAACCAUCAGAAACCGCGCUCACCUAAUCUCGUACCGGACGUCAUGUUAUUCGACGAGCAGCGGACCAUCGGCACCAUAGAUAAGCCCAUCGGGUUCAGACCACCCUGGAUGUGUCAAGUCUAAGUAGGUCACGGUAUAAAAAUACAGUGAUUGGUCAAAAUCUUUCAAAUUAAAUUUUAUGAAACAAUUUUAGA